AUGUGUAGUGCACGUGGGUGCAAGUUAUCAGUGCCGACUCAAAAACACGACCUCUUAAAUUUAAUCUUAAUCUGAUUUUAUGUUCAUCUUCUUCUUCUCACUUUCCAUUGAAUACAUUUAUUUUAAAAUAUCCCAGUGCGCUCCUCUGUGCUUUGUGCUAACCCCUAACUAAUCCACUUAAUAUCUACGGCAAAAACAGGCACCAAAUACGUUUACGACAGGGUCAGUUGUAGAGGAAUAUAUUAAAUAAUUAAAAAGUCUAUUCACUGCACACAUCAAGAGGUUACGGAGGAUGAAAUUCCCCAUGUAAGUUGUUGUUGGGGGGGAGGCUAAUGUGUGUGGAACCAGGAUGUUGUUCAGCCGGCUUUUCAACAUGGAGGCGUCCACGGAGAGUGAUCUCUGAAGGAGACUUAUUUCUUCGUGCGUUCAGAGUAAAUGUUCUGUUUCCCGAAGGUCAGUGUGAUGACUCUACCAUGAAGUGUGUCCGCUGCCUGCUCCAGCUGCAGUGUCUGGUGAGCCGGUCUGCCAGGUCUGCUGCCCAGUAUGGCACUCUGCUCCAGCCAACCUCCACUGGUCAGCCCAAUUUGCUACAUAACACCCAGCACCAGGUGUUGAGGCGUUUCCACGGCAGCCCAGUAUGUGCCAAGGGUCGCCCAGUACCUGCAGAGUUCAUCAAGGAGGAUGACGAGAAGAGGAACAAGUCUCUGCUCACCUAUGAUGACCUGUUUGAGCAGGUAGCCAAAGAGGUCAAAACCAAGGCCACGUUUAACAGAGUGGUAGACAUCUUCAUCAAGAGGGACGUGAGACGGCGUGGCCAUGUGGAGUUUAUCUACGCUGCUCUGAAGAAGAUGCCAGAGUUCGGCGUGGAGAGAGACCUGGUCGUCUACAACAAGCUGUUGGAUGUUUUUCCCAAAGAGGUGUUUGUACCCAGAAACUUCAUCCAGAGAAUGUUCAACCACUAUCCUCGACAGCAGGAGUGUGGAGUGCAGUUACUGGAGCAGAUGGAGAACUAUGGUGUCAUGCCCAACAUGGAGACCAAAGUCCUGCUGGUCCAGAUCUUUGGCGAGAAGGGCCACCCCUUACGGAAGUACCAGCGGAUCAUGUACUGGUUCCCCAAAUUCAAACACAUAAACCCCUUCCCCAUCCCCCAGCAGCUGCCUGAAGACCUGGUGGACUUGUCUCGCUUAAGUCUAACUCGCAUCGCUAAUGACCUGGACGCUAAGGUCACCGUCUAUCAGCUGCCCUGUACAGACUUUACAGAGAGUGGAGAGGAGGUCACAAUUCCACAUGUAGUAGGUAUCCAGAGCCCCAGCCAGAUGGAGCUGCUGGCCAAGCAUAACCCAAGCAGGCCAGUGUUUGUAGAGGGCCCCUUCCCUCUGUGGUUGAGGAAAACAUGCGUAUACUACUACCUCCUCAGAGCUGACCCCACACCGCCUGAAGAGAAGGUAGAGGAGUGCUAUGAUCCAGAAAGGUGUUUGGACUAUCCUUUGCAGCUAGAUUUGGAUUUGGAACGUGACCUCGGGGAUGACGAGAGCUUCAGUGUGGAAGACUUGGAUGAGGGUCCAGUCUAUGCCAUGUGUAUGACUGGCCGGGGAGACCAGGCCACCCUCAACCAGUGGAUUUCUGGUCUUCAGCAGAACAACCCCAUCCUGGGUCAGGUCCCUACUCUGUUCCGCCUGGACACUGGGCCCAAGGAGCUGCAGGGGGCACCUGACAGAGAGUCAAGCCACCACAGCCCAGGCAGAGAUACCGAGAGAGAGGAGAGACAGACUGAAGACGAACCAGAGGUCAUAGUGGAGGACGAGCCGCGGAGAAGCCAGGGGAUUAAACGGUGAACAGCAGUGUGACAAUGUGGUAAAGACUGACAAAAAUAUAAUGGCAUACUGUAUACAGAUGGUGUAGAAGUAUCCAUGUCCAUGCUAAUCUUGUGUGAGGUACUGCCUCCUUUAACUAGGUAACUCAACAGUUAAGAAGAACUGCAGGACUCUAUAUGAUGUUGGUAAGGUCACUAAUCAAAUAAAUUAAAGCAAAAAAACGUG